AUGAAUUUUUUUUCAAAUAAGCUAAAUAUUAGGAGCACUAAGUCGGAAGUAAUCCGGAAGCCUCCUGACAAAAAUGAAAUAAACAGUAGCAAUGCUAUUGAUAGUGCUAAUAAUGGAAGUAAUAGUAACACGCUUUUAGAUAAUGAAAAUGGGAAAUAUGAACUUAGAAAUAGCACAAAUGGUUUAUAUGGAGAUAAUAAUCAAAGUAUAAAUGGUGGCAUAGACAAAAAAUCUGAAAUUUAUUAUUGUAAUAAUAAUUAUGAUAUGCAAUAUAUGUAUAUGAAUAAAAUGAAUACCAGUGUUGCAUCAUCAAGAAAUCAUACAUCAACACAUAGUAUAAACCCAGCAAGAAAUCAUACUUCAACACAUAGCAUAAACUCAGUAAGAAAUCAUACAUCAACCCAUAGCAUAAAUUCAGCAAGAAAUCCUUCUAUAAAUUUUUAUAACCCUAAAGCGGCAAGGACAUCAAAUAUCCCACGAAAUUUUGAGGAUAAACUACCAUAUUCGCCUUUUUAUUCAAAUCUCCCACCAAAUCUAGAAAGUUCGUCUAUGUAUGAUCCAAAUGAGAGUCGUAAAUCACAAGGAAAUUCUCAAAUAGUAGAACAAUCUAUAGAAUUAUUGAAGCAUUUAAUUCAUCAAGAAAGUAGAGAGCGACAUUAUUCUGGGAGUGAUAACAAUACAAAAAACAAUAUAUUGUUUAAAUUAGCAGAUCAAGUAAAAAAAAAUGAUGAUAAACAAGAAUUAAUGUAUCCUGAUUAUAAUAGUAAUAGUAGUAAUUAUUCUAUGGACAUGUAUAAGAAAAAGGUGGAUAUGUUAAACUUAAAAUUUGCUAAGUUAAAAAAUGAAUAUGCAAGUUUAAAUAAUGAAAAUUCGGUACUUAAAAAACAGAUAAGAUAUAUAAAAGAUAAUUAUAAUACUGUAGGUCAAAAAAGUUUAACAUCUGCCAUUCCAAGAGGAUCACCAAAAGAUCCUUUAAAAAUGGAUGGACAUAGUAAUAUGCAUGAUUAUGAAAAUAAAUUAAAUAAUAAUAUCCCGCUCAAUCCCAUUGGCAGAUCACCAUCUAUGUAUAUACCCGAGAAAAAUCACUUUUAUGAUAAUACAACACGACCAAAUGAAAAUGCUUUUUGUGAUGGAUUUAAAGGUAAAGCUCCUUUACCAUCUAAUUAUGGAUCCAAUAAUGUGAAUGAACAUAAUAUCAAUGAAAAUCAAUUGAACAAAAUCAAAGACGAAAUUCGAAAAGAGCUAAGAAGCCAAAUCAGAAAUGAAAUAAUCAACGAAGUUAAAAGUGAAAUAAUACAACAAGUUACAAAUCAAAUGGAAAAAAAAUAUAACGAAGAAUUGAAUAAGUUAAGAGCGAAAUGCCACAGCAUGGAACUAAAUAAUAUUCACAAUAAUACUCAAAAUAAUCAAUUAGAUACAAUUUUAAAUAAUUGUAAAAAUAAACUUAGUGACGAAAUAAAUGAUACUGUCGAUAAAUAUAAAAGUAAUGUAGUUAAUACUUUUAAAGAGUCACUAAAAAAUGCGUUUAAUGAAAAUGAAUAUAAGGAGGAUGAUCAAAAUAAUAAUGAUAAUGCUGAUGAAAACAAACAAAUUAAAAAUGAUAACACUUUUUUCAAUUCUGUUCAUUCAUUUAAUAAUAAAAUAAAUGAAUGCAUAAAUAUUAUAGAUGAGGUGGAGAAGUUGCAAAAAAAUAUGAAAAAUAACCAAAAUAAAAUAAUUAAUGAAAAAAAUUUAUUAUUUGAUGCUUUGAAUAAUAUAAAUUCAGAUAUAAAUGAUAUUGACAAUAUAAUAUAUAAUAUAAAUGCAAAUAUAUCCCAAGAUAAUAUUUUCAAUCAGGAACAAUUAUAUCCAGAUGAUCUUGAUUUUUUGAAAGUUUUAUCUACUCAAAGUUUUGAUACUGAUGAAAAUGAUGCUGAGGUGUCAAACGAAUUACCUUAUAUAAAUGCACAAGAAAGUAACCAUAAUGUGCAAGGCAGUGAAAUUAAGUUGGUUAAAUCUGAUGAACAAAAUGAUUAUAUUAAUGAGAUUUCAAAUAAAAAUAAUCUCAAUAAGGAAUCUGAAUUACUUUUAAGUGAUAAUGUAUCACAUAUAGAAAUAAACAAACCACCAGUUGAAAAUAAAAUUGUUGAAAAUAAAAUUGAUAUGUUUAAUAAUUUAACUAAAGAUAAAAUGAAUAAAGAAGAAAAUUCAGUAUUUACUCCGAACAAUUAUUCGGAUGGAGUAACAAACGAAAAUAAUAAUAAAUAUCCAGGGGAAUAUUAUAAGGAUGAUAUUACAAUAAAUGAAAUGAAUACUGAAGAAAAUAAUAUUAUAAUAGAAGAAAAUAAUGUGAACUCUAUAGGAAAUAAUUGGAAUAAUAUUUCCGAAGAACCCGAAAAGCCAACAGAUAAUAAUCCAUACGUUAAUAAUGAAAACACAACUAGUAAUAUUACUAAUGAUACAACGAAUAAUAAUAUUAGUACUAAUAUUUCGGAUGAUAUAAAACAGAAUGAUGAAAAUAUAACUUCUCCAGUCUCAGAGAAAGGUAAAGAUAAGACAAAAUCUAAAUGGAAGACCUUUUUUUCAAAAAAGAAAAAAAAUGUGAGCAAUAAUUUGGAUGAUAAUAGUACUGAAUUAUGGCCAAAUACCGAAAAUGACCCAAAUAAUAAUAUUUCCAAUGUGGAUGGGAAAAUUGAUAUCAUUGAUCAAGUUGAUAACAAUAAUAACAUCGAAUAUAAUGGUGAUCAAAAUAAUAAUAAUAAUUUAAAUAUAGUAUCUGAUACUAUAACUAAAGAAAAUAAUGGUAUUGAAGCAUAUCCAAAUGGUGAAUAUAAUUCUUAUAAUACCCCAUUUAUGGAUACUUCAAAAAAUGAGCAAAAUAUAGGUCCCCCAGUUCAAUUAAAUCCACAAAAUAAUUAUAGCACUAAUCAAAACAAUUACAUCAAUGAAACAGGAAUGUUCAAUUAUAGCAAUAAUGCAUAUAAUAAUCCAAAUCAAUAUGUUAAUCCUAGCCCUGAUAUGAUAAAUAUGGGAAACUUUUCUAAUACCCCUAAUUUAAAUGACCAUUAUAAUAAUGCUACAAAUAACAGUAGUAAUUAUGGCCCUAAUUAUACAGACAACACUAAUUUAUUCCAAAAUGAUAAUUACAAUGUAUAUAAUAACAAUAAACUACCCAACAAAGCAUCCAAAACAUGUUCCAUUUAUGCAUAUAAUGUAAACUAUAAUAACAAUAACAAUGAUAAUAAUAAUAAACCUGGCUUUUCUGAGAUGACUAAUAUGCAUUUAAAUAAUACAAACCAAUCCAAUAACAUAAAUUUUGGUGGCGAACCAAAUAGUCCUUAUAUGUUUUACAACAUGAAUAACCAACAUAAUGAAAAUAAUAAUAAUCCUAUGGCUUACUUUAAUGGAUAUAAUAAUCAGCCAGUAACUAUUCCACCACAACAAAAUAACGCAAAUAUUUAUAAUAAUACUAUGGACAUAAAAAGAAUGAGUACUAAUGUAGAAAAUAAACCUAGAAUUCAUACUACCAAUAUUUUUCAAAAUAAUAAAAUGAGUUUAUCUACAAAAAGUGAAGUACAUUAUAACUCAUUAAAAUCGCAAAAAAAUACGGGAAAAAAAAAUCUCGAAGAUUUAUUUGCAUAA